AACGCCCGAAAUUGUUCUCGCCCCGGCGCCAGAAAUCGGUGCAGUCGCAACGGAGAAGGAUCCCCUUCUUGUCGCAGAUGCUGGUAACAACAACAAGCACGACCAAGGUGCAGCUCUGCAGGAACAGAAGCAGGUCGCGGCGAUCCGGAAUUCCAAGACCAUCACGGAAGAGCGCCGGGUGCGCUGGUUCGAAUUGCAGUCACAGCAGAGCCAAUCUCAAGGUCAAGAGCCCGGCGCCCAGGAAGAGCAUGCGCAGGUAGCUGCUCAAGGGUACAUUGAUGCGGGUGCUGAAGAAGACCACGAAGAGCUGGAACAAGAGUACGACAGUCAGAAUCGCAGCAUGCACAUCGAUUCGGUUUUCACGGUCCGCUCCGAGGUCGGGGACGAAAAGGAGGAUAGCGAGAAUGAGCAAAACCUUUACGAUGUUGCCGCAGAGGGCAACGCCGCUGAAGUUGUACUAGACCGCAUGGACAAUGUCUGCGACGUCCAAUCAGCGGUGAGCACCCCGCCGGAGGAUGAUUGUUUUGACAAGGGCAGCAUGAUGAUCGGACAAGAAAAUCGGAACUACAUCGAUGAAAACCCGGUGACGCAAAUUCUGAAACAGCGGUACUACUCCGUGGAGCUCGAUGAGAAGGGAUCCGUCGUCGGCGUGAACCAGAGUCCGGUGUGGUCCCCGGAACCGAAACUGCCCCUGGUCGAGGAGUUUUUGAGUCCGGACGGAGCGUUUCUGUUCAAUGGCGAGGUGGGAGAAAGAACCCCGGGGGUGGAGGAAAAUGAUGACUUUGGCUACCUGAAGGAGGACUACGAACAGAAGGAUCAAGAGGAUCAGGAGGGUAAUGUGGACAUGAUAAAGUUGCCGCUGGAGAAAGAAGAAGUAGAGCAGGCGAAAGGCGAUGAAGUUGAAGAAAAACCAUCUACUGCCGCACAAGAACGAACCGGAAUAAACGACGAAACUGAAAACAGCAAGAGGUAUGACAACGCAGCGGCGGAGGAAAUGGAGUUUCUCGCGCGUCUCGUCGGCGCUGGCGGCAUGGGAACAAAAAGCAAACUUGUUGGCGCUGACGUCACCAAGGGAGCGGAAAGGGUCGCGCAGAAGCUGCAGAAGCUCUACGAAGCGCAGCGGGACAAGGCGGCUGCAGGAGGCGUAGGCGAUGAGGACUGCGUCGGUGAAAAUGUAGAUGCGAAGCAGGCGAAAAACAUCGUUAGCGGUGCCGGUGCCACUGUUGUUAAUCAGAAUGUCCAGGGGCACCAGCAAAUCGACAACGGAGCGGAUGCCGCCGCGGGAACCGGUGCGCAGCCAAUUCAACAGCAGCCGAAUGCAGGCAACCACGUCGGGCGUGGGGCGAUGCCGAACUACAUCAAUCAGGCUGCUGGGGGUCCCCUGUUGAGCGGAUCAGUUCCGCAGUUCGGGUUCUCGUCCCCGCAGCCUCCGCGCUACCAGAGUUGGCAGGAAAAUUCGCAGCAUUGGGAGAAUCAGGUGAAAAACUCCCUCGGUGAAAUCGCAAAUCAGAAGUUUUACGAACGAAACCAGCUGAAACCGACCUUGCCCGCAGCGAUGGGUCUCACGCCUCUGAAUUUGAACUUCUGCAGUUCGCCUGUUCCGGGUCCGGC